UUUCCGCCGAAGAUUACGAUGCAAAACAUGACACUGUUGUUCCGACUUUGAUAGUUUAUUUAUUCGAUGCUAAAGAUGAUAAAAGCGAUUAUAAAAAUGAUGGAAAAAAUGAUGGAAAAGAACUUCCUGUAACCGGGGGAAUACCGAAUAAAAAAACUAAACGCCAUGAAUUUCUUUCUCUAUUAUCAUUUUUCUUCUUAACUUCCGAAGAAGAAUCGAAAAAAAAAUCAAAC